ACAAUUUAUAAAGAUGUAAAAUAAGCCAAGUCGCGCAAUGGAUUUCGAUGACAUUAUAUACAUAGUGCUCCUGCUGCUCUGUAUCGCAAUUGGAGCAAUAUAUCGUGAGAUUAAGGAUGUCGAAAGCAAAAAAUGGAUAGGAAGUGCCCUGGGACUCCUAAUGAUUUUCUCCGUAUCCGGAUAUCACAUUUGGCAUUCGAUUUGUACCUUUCUCAUUAAUGCCGCGAUAAUUUUACUUGUACCGCAAAGCCAUUGCCAUUUGGUAAGCUUCGGAUUUUCGUUUUUAUACUUGCUAUUUUUUCGAACUACGAUCUACUUCGGAAUACCAUAUCCACCGGCCCACACUAACAUGAUACAAAUGAUUUUGACGUUGAAAUUAGCAGGUUUGGGUUUUGAGGUGAACACUGCCUAUUUGAACAGAAAGAAGGGUUCGCCUGAAGAGUCAAGCGGAGAAGACGAUGCAACAUUUUUUGAUGUUUUUCAUUACACAUUCAAUUACAUCGGUUUAUUAACAGGUCCAUAUUAUCGAUUUCGUACCUUUAAAGAUUUUUUCAAUCGACCGUUUGGAAACUAUGCAGCAUGCAAUGAAGAAACGAUGAAAAAACUAGCUUUGGUGCCACUAUUUGUUCUAAUAUUUCUGGGAGCUACACAUUUUUGGCCGCUUGCUUACGCGCAAUCGGACGCGUUUUACACGGACCACUCUUGGUUAUACCGACUUUGGUACACAUGGCCAACGUUUCUGAUAUUCAGAAUGCGGCUGUACAUCGCCAUGACACUAUCCGAAUGCAUCUGCACGAUGGCGGGACUGGGUGCUUAUCCGCAGCUGUGCGCGGCCAAACCCGGACAGGGCCCCACUGAAAAUCUCAAAGAAAUGGACGCGAUCGCGAGUAAUCCAGACCGUCGCAAAACCGAACAAUACGACUUCGAAACGAUCCACAACAUAAACCCAUACGAAUCCGAUUUUUGUACGACGUUCAGAAAUGGUAUAAAAAAUUGGAACAUAUGCAUACAAUAUUGGUUCGCUUUUAAUAUUUACAAAAGAUUUCCGAACAAAAAACUGAGAACCGUUGCGACAAUGGUAUUAUCAGCGUAUUGGCACGGAGUAUACACAGGUCACUAUGUGUGCAUAGGUUUGGCCGCGUUUUAUCUCGCCAUCGAGGACGUUUACAUCAAAUUAUUUUUAAAGGGGAAUUCGGGGAAGUCAUUAAAAAUAUGGGAGUGGAUAAUAUGGUUCUUAAAAAUGCAAGCUUUUUCCUAUUUGUCAAUGGCAUUUGUCUUGCUCUCUCUGCCAAACAUUCACAGGUAUUAUGCGUCAUGUUACUACGUCGGGUUUAUCAGCGCUGCGAUAAUGUAUGGGGUCGGUUUCCAGCUAUUGAUGAGCAGACGAAAAGACAAGGAUAAACAAAAGUAGACUUAGUUACUUGUGGUAUCUACUUAAUUAGUGGUACUGAAUUGUUAAUAAACGUUUUUACAAUA